CAAUAUUAGCAUUUUAUAAUUGAUAAUUGUUUGUUUGGAAAGCAAUUCGUCACUUGCAAAAUGUCAACCAAACGAGGAAAUAAAAGUAGCGCUAAGCACGCCGAAAAGGCUGAUAAGAAGCGUGAAUGUUCACCUACAGCAGAAGAAAAAUCUUUGUCAAUCGAAGAGAAACUAGCUUUAGUGGAGAAAGAAUUCUGUGUAUUGCGUGAUUUUUGUUUAAAAUCUGGAUACAGUCCACUUCAAAUUGAAGAAGCCACCACUCCUUUUCUAAAUAGCAUCAAAAAAGCUAAACGUAAGAAAUGGGCCCGCUUCGUCGUACAGUUUUUCAUGUUUGUCAUUUUCGCUUAUGGUCUUUUCUCUUAUGACCCCGUCUAUAGAGUUCUGCUUGCAUACGGUCGACAAACAAGUAUCAAGCUGUUGCCAGUUUGGGAUUGGACUAGAAUGUUUUAUAAAGAAUGUCUACUUAAUAAUCCUUACUACAAUGGAGUUGACUUGAAAGAAGAAGAUUGUGGUAUUUGUGAAAACUUUGAACCAAUUGCUCAUGUGACAAACAUCAGUGCAGAAGAAGUUGUCGAGAAGUACAUUUACUCUGAGAAACCAUUGAUCGUUUCAGACGGCAUUGAAGAAGGCUCAUUAUUCCAGAACCUUUCUAUACAACUACUUGAAGAGCUUUACCAUAAUCAUCCAAUUCUUGUUGACUAUGAACCUUGUUCCUUUCGGAGUAACUUUAAAAAACAGUAUCUUUAUCCUCAUACCAUCUUGAAAAAAGCUGUUUCUGGAGAACUCACUGGUUAUUAUGCUCACUGGGAAAAUUGUUUCAAGCCAGCAGCGAAAGUGUUCCGUGAAUAUUACAAAAGACCUUACUUUUUAUCUCCAGUUGUCCAGAUGGAUGAUACUAACUGGAUAUACAUAUCAUCAGGUUUUAAAAGUACAACUUUCAGACCAAUUGAUAUCAAGUCAACAUUAAUUAUCCUAAUUCAAGCAAAAGGUCAGAUAAAUUUUCAGCUUAGCCCCAAAAACCCUUGCGGUAAUCUGUGCCCUGUUCUGAAUGGUAUCCUCGAUGAAGGAGAAAUUUUAUUAUUCGUACCAUUCAUAUGGUCUAUGGAAUAUCUGCCAUCAGAGGAGGAAGAAAAUCUUUCUGUUGGUAUUGGAGCAAAUUUUGAUCGAUUCUAACAUUCCAUUUCGAUUGAAGACAAUUGGAUUUCUAUCGGACACUCUACUUCAUAACGGAACUUUUCAAUUAUUUCAAAACUGAAGAAAAAAGAAAAAAACAGACAAGAACUACUUCAGAAUUCUUGUCUGGAAUUUACUAUUGUGAUGUUACCUUUCUGUUGUUUUGUCGUAUAUGCAACUGUGGCUUUGUGUUAAAAAUACAAUACUUUAGGUGUUUUUUACAAUUUCUUUUCCAUAUUUCAACAGAAGUAUUUUGAAGCAUUUUUUCUCUUUAAAGUGUAAUUCCUAUUAAGUUAUAUAAAUUUUAUAAUUUUAGUGCAUAGUUUUAAUAUAUAGGUAUUGGAGAUAUAUAUAUACAUAUAUAUAUAUAUAUAAGGUGAUGUUAUGUUGCCAACAUAAUGAGGGUGGAGGUGCUUAUCUCCCCCUUUGAAAACAUAAGGACAGAGAAAAUGUGUCACGGCUAACUGGAAAUGUUGUUUCCUAGGGCUAAAUAGCAGUAGCAUUCUUCCCUUUCAUGGGACUGCCACAUUAAAUUGGCAGCAUAACAUCACCUUAUCAUGGCGCUACUGUAUGAAUCUAUGAAUCUCUCUGAGAAAUUUAGAAAUGCAAUAUUUCUAAUUUUGUAGAUUAUUGAAUUUAUUUCACGGUUUUGUGUAUAUAGUUUAUAUUAGGUUUAUAUCUCUUUUUAUAAUAAGUUUUUAACUUUUUUAAAAAUUCUUUUAGUUACUACUAAGUUAAAAAAGUUUCACUUAGUAUCAACCUAUAUUGUAUUGCAUUAACUAUUAUAAAUUUUGUUAUAUUUAUUCUUAUACUAUAGUUAGUAUUAUUCUUAACUUCUAUUUUCUAAUAGAUACAAAUCUAAGUAUUUUAUAACUGGUUAUCAUGAACUAUUGACACAUAAGGCACCACUUAAAUAUUUCGUCUUCAUUUAGUGUAUCUUGUGUAGGAUUGUUUAAGGAAGG